AAUUCUGGUAAUUAUGUUUUUUACGAUUUAAAAAGCGACCUUAUAUUUAAAGGAGGACGUAGGUACUGAUUGGUAAGCAGAAAGGACAUGAGUUGAUGACAUCUAACCACAUCUAACCACACUGGGAAGAAGUUUUGAAAAUCUAGAAGAGCAUUUAUAAAAGAGUUGAUUGGUGAUGAUGGAUCGUGCAGUCUUUCUUCUCGUUUGUCUUGUGACUCUUGUCAGCGCCUCAUCUUCCGGAAUCCCCCCACAGAUCAUUCAUGAUGAUGAUGGAAAUAUAGCAGAUAAAGAGAGCAACAUAACAUGGGCACCACUGCCAACUGGCAGUAACUAUUCAUCAGAUAUUACAGCUAAUGAUGGUGGCCUUCGACCACUUUAUGAAAUGGCCAAAAAGUUUUUGGCUGUCGUCCAGCCAAAUCCAUUCCCCUAUGACUUGAUCAACCAAGUGUUGGCUGGUGAUAUGAGUGCUGUUUUGAAUGAUCCAAUGACUGUUGUAACCUAUGCCAUGGGGUUUGCCAUCUGUUUUGCUAUUGGUAUACUCUUCGUCAUCAUCAUGCCGAUCGUCGGUUGCUGUUUCUGCUGCUGUCGCAUCUGCGGGAAUUGUGGCGGGAAGAAAAUACAGAGAUCUUCUGAUGUCAACAACUGUCAUCGCAUCGCAUUCACUGUUCUUGUGUUUGUGAUGGCCACUUUUAUUAUGAUCCCUGCAGCCUGCUCCUUAUAUGCCAAUGAAACCACGUCGAAGACGAUGAACAAUGUUGGCCCUCUGAUUGUCAAUAACAUCAAUGAUUUGGAGACUUUCCUUAACAAUACCAUCUUACAACUUAACCAUAUUGCCCUCACCAAUUACAACUUCACUGGAAAAGUUAUGUCAAGAGAUUUGGACAACAUAGGAGUUUUGCUUGGUGAAGAGAUACGCGAUUCAAUGAAAACACAAAUGAACUUGGAUGCUGCAUUUAACAAGAUAAAGGCCCUGGAUGUUUCGCUGCAGGCCCUUGCAACCACCUUGAAUAGUGCGGACACCAAUAAGGGCACCUUUGAGACAGAAGCCAACACGCUAAAGACGCAGUUAGGUGUUCAGGAAACUAACAUCAUUAACACAAAAACUAAGGCUAAUUGCCCUAGCGAAUCCCAGUGUUCUAAUCUUGACACCAGUGUGCUUGCCAUUGAUGCCAACCCAACUAAUCUGGCCUCCAUAACUGCUCAGGUCAAUAAGAUCAAUAGUGCAAAAUCUAAGAACCUUACAUCGGAAUGGAAUACGGCCAUGAAAGAUUUUGAAGAAAUCCCAACGAAAGUGACAGCAGAUUCUGAAACGAUGAGGGCAGACGUCAAGAAAAUGAUUGAUGACUUCUACACAACAAUCUCUGACAGUCUCAAAUCGAUUGAGGGUCUCACAAGUAAUCUGGGGAUGUUGACUAACACAAAGAAUACAAUUCAAUCUACUGCUGGUGAGGUGAAGACAUAUGACAAGUACAGAUGGUAUGGUGGGGUAGCCCUUGCUUCAGUUCUCUUCCUCAUUGGUGGCUUGCAGUAUCUUGGUUGUAUCAUUGGUGCCUGCUCGUACAGCUCCAGGACCGCACCCACAGACCGCGGCUGCCUCAGUAAUAGUAGUGGAGCGAUGCUAAUGGCAUCUGUCGGCUUCUGCUUCAUAUUCUCCUGGUUGUUGAUGCUACUGACCAGCAUCACUUUCUUGAUUGGUGGAAACAUGGAGAAGCUAGCCUGUGAACCCUUGAUGGACCCUUCCUAUAAAAUCUUCAAGGAGCUGAUCGAUAAGCCAGACGGCCCUUUGGGAGAAGGAUAUUUUCUUGGCGACAUGCUACUUCAAGAUAAAACAGCAAACUUGACAAUGCAUGGAAUUCUCGAUGGUUGCAAGAAUGCAGGAUCUGCUUAUAACGUCCUCAUGCUAAGCCACAUGUUCAACCUGACUGAACUCACCGACUACAAGAGUAAAAUGGAUAUUGAGAAGCAGAUGAAAGAUUCUAACAACAUCGACCUGUCGUCUGUGAAAGUGAUGACGCCAUCACUAAAACAAACCCUGGAGGACUUCCAAGCUGCUCUCAAUAUCGACUUCGCCACAAUGAUAACUGAGCUCUCCAAAGAUGCCGCCAAGACCGGACUCACAGCCUAUGCUGAUGGCCUCAUAGCGAUUGCUAACUUGCCUUCCAUGGCGAGCUCUCCUGCGGUAAAUGAACUGAUUACAGAGGCCGCUGCUUUGAAGAACAUUGACAAUAACCAGGUUCCAAAAGUGAACACAGCAAAGGCUGCGUUGAUUGUUGAUCUACAAGCGUUACAAACUCAAGCUCCAAACGUCCAGGCCGAUAUCACGGCUGUAACGACAGCACUGAAUGAUCUCGAUACGUACAUCACAAAUUCAGCACCGGACCUCAUCAACACUAAAAUGUUGACUUAUGUGACAAGACUUCUUGGAAUAAUCGAUUCCUUUGUGGCUAGAACUCUCGAUUCGGUAAAAAAUGAUGUUGGAAUUUGCACUCCUCUAUGGAAUCUGUACAAUUCGAUCUUGGGAACCAUAGUGUGCAAGUCGGUGAUCGAUACCUUGAAUGGUUUCUGGUUCAGUUUUGGCUGGGCGACCGUCUUCUUUAUACCGGCCAUGAUAUUCUCCGUCAAGUUGAACAAAUACCUCAGAAGGUGUGAUUAUUGUGGACCAGAUGAUGGCAGACGGGGAAAGAAAGGAAAACCAGGAAGAAAGCACAGUCAGAGAUUUUCAGGCUGGAAUAUAAAUUAUGCCAAUAAGAAUAAAGAUGCUGAAAACUAUUUAAAAGCAGAUAGCCCAAUUUAUAGUAAUAAAGUUGCUCCUGGGGACGAUCAGGAAAAGUGGUAACCCAUCCAUCCUCCAAGCCUUGUAGUCAACUGUGAUACUUACACUGAUGUAUAGAUAAUUCGUCCACCUACGAGGAAGAUAAUCAAACACUCUUCGAGUGUACCAAUCGCACAGGAUCCGUCCAACUUACACCACAGUGAUACUCGCUUCUAUGUGAUAUGAAUUUAAAGCUACUCCUGGAUAAAGACUCCUGUUUAAAUCUGUACAAAUCCUGAGGAACUGUUUAGAAUUUGUUGUUUUCCUGAAAUGACUUGUGAGUGAUAUUUUUCUACUAUGCAUGACUGCUGCAACUGUCCUUAUUCAAGUUAGAUUGUAAACUUAUAUUGUUAUAAAUUGAAAGGUUUUUAGCUCAGCUGACAAAGUCAGCGGAGCUAGUAGUAUAGCUGUUCAAAUGGUGUCCGUCCUGCAAUCCAUCCAUCUAGGGACCCAUCUGUGGACAAAAUUGGACAUUUCUGACCGGGAAGGCCUAGCCACUUCGUUGACGGUGCUAAAUUAGGAGUUGCCCAAGGUGAACUCAAAAAACGAAAAAUCGGCGCGAUCCGACCUGUAUUAAGAGAAUGAGGUCAUUUCGCGUUUAGAUUUCUUUCCCUUUUUACCUCGGUCCACAGAGCAAAUAUUGUUUUCAAAUGUGGCUGAAUAUUUUUAAAUAUUUUUUCAUUUUUUACUUUUAAUGGAAUUAAUUUAGUUUUCACCGCCAGUUGGCGCUGCAGGCACAUUGCCUGAAUUUUGGCGAUUUCAAAUUUGGCGGUGGCUUAACUUUUUUGCAAGCAGUGCCGCUGAUUGGCCGAUCGAUAGAAGAGAUGCCACCAUUUAAAAAUGGCGGUAGUCGCUGCUUCAAUGAAGGUGAGUGAACUUUCUCAUGUUCAAUCGGUUGAUUCUCUUUUAAUCAACAUGACCAUGUACCUGAAAUUUGUUUAGGUACUGAAAAGAGUCUAUAUAAUUCAGAUUUAUCAAUAGUUUUUUAUAAUAUUCCGGAAAUUUUGUGCACAAAUCAGCGGAAGUUGGUGCUCGUCUCAUGUCAUUUUAGAGUGAGAAAUUUGUUUCCGUCGAUCUCUACCACUGAAAAAUCGCUUGCAUAGCUUCGAAUUUUUGUGAAAAUAAGUAUCUGAACUUGGUUUCAAAUAGUCUAGAGAGUUACCUUUGUGGUGAUACAUAUGGUAUGUGAUAAAUAUUUGUGGAAUUUGUGAAAUUCGGUUUUCAAACGUGCCGAUGAUGCAAGCGAUCUCGCGUGAAUUUUGCAAGUCCUGAUAUGUCGACCGGGUGUCAAAAAUCACUCGCCUAAAUUCAAUUCAAAGAUCGAAAAUGACAUCUGAACUUAGUUUCAAAUAGCCUACGCAAUUAUCAUUUCGGUGAUAUAUAAUGCAUGCAUGUAAUAAUUGAUUAAUCUACCUAAAACGCGCAAUUAAAACGGCGAAAGAUCGUGAUAAACACUCUGGUGGCGGUCGCACUAAAUAACGACCGGUAGGGCCCGGCGUGUGGCAGAGAAAAAAAGGUAGCGCCCGGAGGUUGAAACAGGAUUUUUAUGCACUUUUAACUGUAUAUAUAUGUUGUUUAGAUGUAUUUCUAACAGUUCUGUAACUUUUAUGACCAAGCUUGCACCCAAAGUUGGUAAAAUUGAUGCUUGUUUAUGGACUGCGCUAGCGACCGGAGAAUUCGCCGUCGGCCAUUUUGGGACGGUCAACAAAUCUCGCCAUUUACGUUUGUUUACAAUUAUUUUGAAAGUCACAUUAGGCCUAUGACAUCGUAGUAUGAAUUCCACUGCAGUUUCCUUACGCAGCAAUGCUCAUGUUUUUGGAUGGCAAUCCUGUACUGUCUGUACACUGCGCUGUGCAGGCUUAGAGUAUAACUUAACAGGCCCUCAUGAUUCAUUUGAUGGACACCUUAUUUGAUAGUACCUCAUCAUUAAGUCCACUAGAUCCUGUUCUGUCACAUGUCGUAGACGAUAGACAAUUUUCAAAUGUAGUACACCACUCGCUCACGGCUCACAUCAUGUGGGCACGGUUGGCUGUUGAGUGUUAUGGUUCAGUCUGUGAGACUAAUUUAAAGAGGUUACACUUUUAUUUUGAAUUGGAAAACAACCCCCAGGACUGACUUUUCACUGAGUGAUAAGUGUGCCCUUCGAAGGUUAAUUCUCUUUCUGGAUUUGCUUCCAUAGAUGCCUUGUUCAGGAUAUCAUCUGACCGAUGCCUGAUCAAGCACAGACUGUAUCCGGUGGUGUACAUUUCCCCGUCUAUGUCACCCUUUUUUUUCAGUCCGUGUUAAUUUCUCUUCUCUUUUUUUACAGAUUAACUGUUGUCGGUUAUUGCAAGAGGAGUCGUUGGCACAUUUCAAGUCCAGGAAAGCACUUGCUGUUCCCACAUUCAGAGUAAGGUGUGCUUACUCGUUUUACUGCUUUCCAUUCCUGGAGAGCGUUAUCAAAUAUCUGCCGCAAGGCAACAAAUAUCUGCCGAAAGGCAUCAAAUAUCUGCCGCACCAAUAAAGUUCAUUUUGUUAACCAACUCUUUAUCUUCUUCGUUGCCUCAUAAUAACGGUACCGACACACACUUGACCCUUGCCUUCACCUAUCCAUUUCAGCUGAGCGCCAGGCCCUUGGGCCUCUUGUUCAUCUUCCAUACGACUUGAGCUGCUGUACAGAAUCUAGAGCCGAGAUAUCCGGUAUCAACUCUCGUUUGCAGGGAUGGACGUCCAUCAGUUUUUACAUGAAACUUCUACUGAAAAAUGGUUUAUAAGGCCGGGUCUUGUCACUUGUCACGAGCAUGUCCAUUUUAAUUGACUCAGGUUUGAGAACAUGACACAAAUUGAUAAGGUGAAAUCCUGUAUCUAAAGCCAACUCUUUGGAAAUCACCAGGUAUAAACCGGUACAACUCAAUAUGGAAGUUCCAUGAAGUGAAUGUGUUUUUUUUUAACCAAGGCAACUUUCAUCCUUGCAUUUGAUGGUUCAAAUCUUAUUUGUAACUGCUGUUUUCUAUCAGACGACUUAGGGAGACUUUUUCGCAUAACUCAAGGGAGUUAAUCUCUGAGUCAUGGGUAGCUUUAGUUUAUGAAAUUGUGUACAAAGAAUUGAUUUUUUGACAAUAUUAUGUUAGCUUUUGGCUUCCUCGUGCAAUACUGCACGGUACUCUUUGUCAUGACUCUUUUUGAUGCUUAUUUUUAGGGUACUAUGUAAUGACCAGAAUCAUUAUCAGUCCAGUGUGCGUGAGCUUCAGCCAACUUGAAUAAAUGGAUUGAUUGGGAUGUGUGCCCACAUAUUUUGUUUAGAAUCUUCCAUGACGAUUGUCGACUUUUUGCUUCCUUUCUACAUUUAUAAACUGUUAUUUGUUCAUGAAUCAAAAAAGUUAAUGUCUCACUCUCUUAAUUAAGUUGUUCAAUAGCCUAUGUACUUAUAGACAUGGCAAUUAGAUCAAAAUAUGUCUUUGCUUAGAAUAUUUCAUGUGCAGCAAAAUGGGGGUACAAUUUACCAUAUGGGAAAGAAUGAUUUGAACCCCUGGAAGGUUUUGCUGGCUAUUUAUGAUUUGGCUGGCUGACACUAGAUGAUUCCAUAACAUGUACAGCAGGAAACCGUUUCACAGGCUUUCAGGUCAGUUACGGAUGCUGACCUGAUCACCUAAAUCACCCUGCACGGUUUCAAGUGUUUGCCGGCAGAUCAUGCAGUGUGAAUAAUAAGCUUAACCAUGACGCCUUCGCUUCCAGCUGGCCAUCUAAAGCAUUUCUUUGAUCACCAUUGAGUCCAGAUAGUUAAAACUUGGUGCAUGGAGGUCAUGUGACAAUAUAACUAGCAUCGACUUACAAAAGUCAUUGUGAUUUGACCUACUUUCUGGCCUUCCCGCGCCACAGUCGGUAUCAGAGGAAUUGAUGCAUCAUCAAGUCAUACCGAGUUUCUGAAUGGAACACUGUUGCGGGCUCUGUUGUCCACGUGUCCACCGAGUCUGAUUGGUGCCAGACCUUGAAACAGGAAUAAGAAGAUGCAUUUUCACCGCCCAAGAAAAUGUAAGAAGUAGGCUGAAUGGCUGGUUGUGCGAAAUGGCCUUUAACUCCCAUCUAGUGUUGCCCAAUGUGAGUUACAGUUUGUAUUGACUUAUGUACCAAUAUUUUCCAUUGUUUUUGAAUGUUGGUGUCUUAUGAUGUGUUGUUGUUAAAAGAAUAGAAACAUUGGAAAACAUGA